CUCUCUCAGCUUCUCUCGCUUUUUAUUUAAUUUUAUCUUAUUUCCGAUUGAAUUUUGCGUUUUUUUUUUACAAUGCUUGUUCUUCUUUUCAUGAAACGUUAUUGAUUUACGAUGAUUUUGUUAUUGAAUUGAAUUUGAAAUCCAGGCAUAUAGUCAGGCUUCUACCGUGAUAAUAAUUGGUAGAAACCGUUACAUGGCUGGGAAAUUAAACUGAGAGAGUUUGUGUUGGAUCAAUUUGGGGUUUCCCAUUUUUUUCUGAUGCAUCUCUUUCGUUAGGUGUUCAUCGUUGCCCAAUAAUACUCUUUAUUAUUAUGUGAGCUACAUCUGGACACUACAUGUCAAUUACGAAUACUUUUAUACAUUUCAAUUACUCAUUUUUACGUAAUAUGUUCAUAAUUUUGAUUUUCAUUAUAUGUUUGAGGAGCAUUAACUGGUUUUAUUCGUUUAAUAACGUUAAUUUACUUGGAUUUUUAUAUAUUGGAAUUAAGCUAAAAACAUAUCGUUAAUUUACUUGGAUUUUUCUGUAUUGGAAUUAAUCUAAAAACAUUUCGUUAAUUUACUUGGAUUUUUAUGUAUUGGAAUUAAUCUAAAAACGUAUAACGUUAGUUUACUUGGAUUUUUAUAUAUUGGAAUUAAUCUAAAAGCAUUCCUGUAUUUUUCUCUAUGUUUUUGUAUUUGAAACAAUUUUUUAAGAGAGAACUUUGAGAUGUUGUAUAACUAAUGGAAGGUGCCAAGGAAAUUGCUCGAGAGUAAUAACUAUUCGAUGACAAGGAUAUUCAAAACUUAUAUCUAAAUUAAUUAAAGGAAAUUAAGGGAAAAUAUAUUUGUUAAUUAGAUAGAGUAAUAUCAUACAGUGCUAAUUGUUGACCAAUUGCCGAAAAUUAAUCUCAAUGACCUAGAAUAGCCCUUAUGUCAAUACCGCAACUAUUAUGAAAGUGGCUUAGUCAGAAUAUAAAAAUAUGACAGUGGCUUUGACAAUAUCAGCACUUUGAAGUUGAAGAGUAGCUGGAAUGUGCUUGACUAUAAGGCUAUGUUUGGGAGUUUGGAGGGGAGGGGAGGGGAAGGCUUCCGAAAAUGAAUUUUUAAAAAAAUAUAGAGAAAUAUUUGACAUUUUUUGAAAAAAUGAUUUUGUUUAGAAUGAUAAAAGAGUCAUAAUCAUUACAAAAUUUUUAAUUUUCAAAAUAGUAUAACAACCUAAAAGAUAUUUGGAAAACUUAUAUAAGCCCUUCAAAACCCUCCAAAACCCUACUUCAAUACAAUUUUUGAGUUCCCCCAUUUUAUGGGGUUUUUGGUGUUAUGAAUAAAACUAAACCCUCCAAAACCCUCCUACUCAAAAUCCUUUUAUUCUUUUCACCCAAUUCUUCUUAUUUUUUAAAGCCCUCCCCUCCCAUUCCCUCCAAACUCCCAAACAUAGCCUAAAGGUUUUAUUGAUAACUUUGUCCAGCUCCAUAUGCUAGUUUUGGCUACCAUGAACACCAUGGGAGUACGAAGGCUCCCUUUUUUGAGAAUAGACACCAUGGGAGUAGGAAGGCUCCCUUGUUUGAGAGUAGACACCAUCGGAGUAGGAAGGCUCUUAGCCUAACUCAAUGGAGUGAUGAGAAACUUCAAUUCCUAAAAAAAUAAUCAGUUUGCAAAGUGAGAGAUCAUAAGUGCUGAUUUGAGGCCAUAAAUGACUUCUCUCAAGUUGCACAUAAGUGAGACAUCAAAAUUUUGAAAAUUACUUACAAAAAAGGCCAAGUUAUGACGCACCACUUUCUAGAGAUUUUAAUAAAACUGAAGCAUCAAGUCUAUUUUGGAUUUUAAGUGGUUCGGGUAUUUAGGAUCUCUCCUAAAUAAUAAGGUUCUUAAAUGUACUUCAUGCUAUGAACAUAUAUAUGGACUAGAUCUCUCCGUCCUCCAAAUAGUAAGGUGGUCUAGGAAACAAACUCUGGUGGCUAAGUCUAGUACAUAAGUUUAGCUAACACAUCAGCUAAAAGUGCACACAUCUCCACCAUUUCUCUAUUCUCUACUGGGAUAACCUUAGCAUCACAACCACUCUGCAGACUGCAGACGUCCUUACUAAGUCACUCUCUUCUUUAAAGGCUUUUAACCCUUAGAGAUCAUCUCAAAGUAAAACAUAAAAUCUUUUUGGCCCAAGAGAGUUCUACAAGAGCAACUUCAACAUAGAAGACUCCUUAGGUUAUGGGGAAGAUAUUGGAGAAUAUGAUAAUGUUAGAAUAUAAGUAGUUAACUAGUUAGAAUGUUGAGCUGUCAAAGAUGCUAAGUAACAAACUUAGUGCACUUAUGUUUGUCUAUAUAUAUCAGCAUUAUCAUCUCUGGUAACUAACAAAUUAUAUGAUUCAGAAAAUUAACAAAUAUUUGAUUCAGAAAAUUUAAUAAUAGAAUUUCCCUUCUAUUCUCUCUCCCUUUCAGUUCUAAUAUGAACUCUAUUUCAAUUUCUAAUAAUAGUUUGAGCUGUUUAAAGCAAUUCAGCCAUAAUUCAAAAGUCUUGCUAGUUUGAUGUUUGAUUAAAUUUUAUAACGUUAUGCUUCCAUUUUUAGACUAUUUGAGCUUCAUUGUUUAAAUCAUAACAAUAUAAAUGUGCCUCCAUUUUGUAGGGGUAUGGACAUUGAAGAAUCUGUUAAGAACAAAAUACCUUGGGAUGGAUCUCUCUCUUUAAAUGAUUUUACUCUUUCUGCUUCUACAUUUUCUAACAAGUGGAAAAUGUUUAAUCCUUCCUUUCCUCCAUGGCUCUGGACCACUUGUCCAAAACAUCAUUCGGAAGGAUACUUAUCACUUGAGAAUGUGUGCCUUGUCAAAUCAAGUGAGGUCUGUCUGCAAUUUAGUGAAGAAGAGAGCAAUAGAAGUCUUACAUGGAAAGAAGAGAGUCUGACAGAAGAGCCUUUUGAUGAUGCAACUUUAGUCUGUCCAGAGUAUGAUGUAAAACACUAUGAUUUUCAUAUUAUUUACAGUCCUUCGUAUAGAGUUCCAGUUCUGUACUUCCGAUCGUAUCACAUUGAUGGACAACCUUUGCCCUUCAGUGAAAUCGAAAAGGACCUUCCUGGUCAUUCUGCAGAGUUGCUUCUAGAAUCCAAAUGGACAUUUAUAACUCAAGAGGAACACCCCUAUUUGAAUAGGCCAUGGUACAAGCUACAUCCUUGUGGGACUAGGGAUUGGAUGAAACUACUCCUUUGUGGUGAUACAUCUUUGAAUAAAAACUUCAUUGAACAAUAUUUAGUUUCUUGGUUCUCCGUUGUCGGGCAAGUUGUUGGUCUUAAAACUCCUCUGGGAAUGCUGGAUGAUAUAGUUUCAAAUAAUUCUUAGAUAAAAUGCAGUUUUGGAAUUGAGAUGAAGGAAGGGAUGUGUUUACAAGUGUCAAUGGUAGAAAGUUGUAGACUUGUAGCAAAAAAUAUGGUGGAAAAGUUGAGACAUGUGUAUAGAUAUUGUAUACUUAGAAAAUUCACAAAGUAGCUUUUUUAAGAACAAAUUGUAUACUACUCCUUUAGUUUAACAAUUUAAAUU